AUGGCUUCCCCACGUGCCAAGCCCGGAGCCUCGCGCUUGGUCCAAUCCUCCAACCCUCCCACGCGUCGCGGUUAUACGUCACGACAGGACCGAACAGUCGACCACUCAACGUCAGAGAGCAGUUGGGGACAAAAUGAUGACCUAGACACCCCCUCAAGUGGAGAGGAAUACUCCGAGCAGGCCGAUAUAAAGCUUCUACCUUUGGAACGAGGAGAUUCACGACCGUCGAGCUCCAAAACAAAUGACACAAAACCCACUCCCGUCGAUGUCCCCGACGACGAGCGUGAUGUCUCAAAGCGCAUAAAAGAGCUUCUCGAGGCGGAUCGCACCGUACUAUUGGAUUCAUUCGCUACAGAUUUGGAGGAAGGACAUUCGGGCAGAGACUCGCUAGCUCUCAGUGAUCGAUACAGUGACGACUAUGGUAUGCCGUCUGACAAGGGCUUUCUGUUGAAAGACAAAAAGAGCGAAGAUGAGAAAGGCUUUGAAUGGAGGUCAUUGUUUCGUCUGCAUUCGUGGUGGACUGUUGUCGGCAUGUUGAUAAUCGCCCUACUGGUAGUAUGGUCUUCGAUCAGGGGAUUACCCUGGUCUUCUGCCGGAGGUGCUGUUGGUGAAUUUCAAGCGGUCCCGUGGUACCCUACUCCCCUCGGCGGAACGAGUGAACAAUGGAAGGAAAGUUAUGGCAAGGCCCAAGAAAUGGUCAGAGAAAUGACCCUUGCCGAAAAAGUGAACGUCACGACUGGAACAGGUUGGCAAAUGGGACUCUGUAUUGGAAACACCGGUCCUGCCGAAUUCGUUAAAUUCCCUUCUCUUUGCCUACAAGAUGGCCCGCUUGGACUCAGAUUCGCGCAAAACAUUACAGGCUUCCCCGCAGGGAUCACCACAGGCGCAACAUGGAACCGCGAGCUUAUGCAAACGCGAGGGUUUGCUCUAGGAAAGGAAGCACGGCUGAAAGGCGUGAACAUCAUCCUCGGCCCAUCCAUGGGGCCGAUCGGUAUGAUGCCUGCUGGUGGUCGUAAUUGGGAGGCAUUUGGUUCGGAUCCAGUUUUGCAAGGCGUGGCUGCGGCAGAGACUAUUCGCGGUAUCCAGCGGAACGGGGUCAUGGCCACGGCAAAACACUUUAUUGGAAAUGAACAAGAACACUUCCGUCAGUCAUUUGAAUGGGGUACUCCUACUGCGCUCUCGUCGAAUAUUGAUGAUCGCGCAUUGCAUGAGGUCUUUGCCUGGCCCUUCGCUGAGAGUGUACGUGCCGACGUGGCUAGUGUCAUGUGCUCCUACCAAAUGGUCAACAACAGCUAUGCUUGCGAGAAUAGUAAACUCAUCAAUGGUAUUCUAAAAGAUGAGCUCGGCUUCCAGGGAUUUGUGCAGUCGGACUGGCUGGCUCAGCGUUCAGGCGUGCACAGCGCUAUUGGAGGGCUGGAUAUGAGCAUGCCCGGUGAUGGCCUUCAUUGGGCCGACGGUGUACCCCUCUGGGGAAGCGAACUGACUCGCGCAGCAUUGAACACGUCUGUUCCCAUGGAGCGCUUGAAUGAUAUGGUCACUCGCAUCGUGGCCGCCUGGUACCAUUUCCGACAGGACUCGUGGGAACCCCCGGCACCUGAAGGCGAUGGCGGGCCGAACUUUUCGUCUUGGACGAAGGAGCGAGUCGGGCAUUUGCACGAAGGCUCACCGGAUAAUGAUGCAAUGGGUGUGGUUAAUAAAUUUGUCGAUGCACAGGAAACUGGCCAGCACGCUCAUUCUAUCAUUGCUCGCCAUAUCGCUGCAGAAGGCACCGUGCUUCUGAAAAAUAUCAAUAAUACUCUUCCACUCUUGCGCGCACAGUCCGCACCCAAUGGCAAAUACCGGGUCGGUGUAUACGGCGAAGACGCUGGUCCCGGCCAAGGACCGAACGCUUGUGUUGACCGAGGAUGUAAUCAAGGGACCUUGGCCUCUGGUUGGGGUAGUGGAGCUGUAGACUUCCCAUACUUGAUUAGUCCAUGGGAAGCAUUGCAGUAUGCGUGGUCGAAAGACACUGUCGAUGUUAAAGCUUACUUGACGAACAAUGUUGCACCACAGGAUCUCGCAGAGCAGGAGCUCUGUUUAGUCUUUGUCAACGCAGAUGGGGGUGAAGGAUUUAUCCGCAGUGGCGGUAUUGAUGCAGAUCGGAAUGACCUUUUCCUACAAAAGAACGGCACUCAGUUGGUAGAGGGGGUGGCCAAGCACUGCGGUGGUGGCCAAGGUAAAACCGUCGUUAUAGUACACUCCAUUGGCCCCGUUGUGAUGGAGUCUUGGAUUGACCUUCCUGGUGUCCACGCUGUACUGUAUGCCAAUCUACCCGGACAAGAAAGUGGGAAUGCCUUGAUGGACGUUCUAUUUGGAGACGUUGACGCCAGUGGACGACUGCCAUACACCAUCGGACGAAGCUUAGAAGAUUACGGCCCAGGGGCCCAAGUCCUGUUUGAGCAUCCAGACUCAUCCGUUCCACAGGUCGAUCUCGACCAGGGCCUGUAUAUCGAUUACCGGUAUUUCGACAAGUACAACAUCACUCCCCGAUUCGAGUUUGGCUUCGGUCUGUCAUACACGACAUUCGACUACUCUGCACUGAGCAUUGAGAAACUGCAGAAGAAGUCUCAAUGGCCUUCCAGACGGCCCAAUAACGAAGUCGAACCUCCUGCAUACCACAACGAGCAGGACAGCCCCACUACCAAUUUAUUCCCUGCAGGUUUCCGUGCACUCGGCAAAUAUAUCUAUCCCUACCUCGCUACCCUGGAAGGAACCGAACCCGGUCCAUACCCAUACCCGGAAGGAUACAACAAACGCCAGAACCCAUCCGCCGCAGGCGGCGGACCUGGAGGGAAUCCAUCUCUAUACGAGCCCAUUCUCGAGCUGACCAUCGAAGUGACAAACACCGGCACGCGCACCGGGCAAGAUGUUAUCCAGGUGUAUGUUUCCUUCCCAGAGGAUGUUGCCGAGCACCGCGGACUAGGCUGGUCUCGCGAGUCAAUUGAGUUCCCCGAACGUGUCCUACGGAAUUUUUCAAAAGUCCUCCUGCAACCAGGUGAGACCAGAAAUGUCAAGAUGACAUUGACUCGGAAGGACCUCAGCUAUUGGAGUGUCCGCGCGCAGAACUGGGUGCUGCCUAUAGAAGGUAAAUUCCGUAUCUGGGCUGGGCGUAGUUCUAGGGAUUUACCGCUCGUGGUCGAGUUUUGA